GAAGCAAACUAUGUCGAACGGCGUGUCUCGGACCAGCAUCUUUGGUAUUCAAAGAUGUGACAUGAUUGGUUGUUGGAGGUUGUGGUGGAAAUUUCGUUAUAUUUCCUUAUAAUUAUUUCUUGUGCUAAUCGAAGUUAGAAAUCUGUGUGCAGUAUGCUAUUGCAGUGAAUGGCUGUAUCAUAUACAUGAUAAUGGCAGGACAGCUGAUUCAGUAUAUUGUUGUCCGUGCAGACUUGUUGAAAACUCUUAACUGGCCUGUGGGAGCGGUAAUUGCUCAGGCUUGCCAUGCUUGCUGUGCUGUCACCUAUCUCUUCCGUAAUGAUCCUCACACAGAGGAGUACCUAAAGGACCUCGAUAAUAUGCACAAAGUUGUGCUAGAGCAGGUUCCAGAUGAAUCAAGUCUACAUAAUUUAGAAUCAAAACUGAAGGAAGACAAUAUAUUACAUAAAAUGUGGACAGAACAGCCAGAGAAUUUUCCCACAUGUAUAGUAGUGAAACCUUACCCAAAAGAAGUGGUACAAAAAUACUUCAGGAAAUUGAAGCUGUUCAAAGGAUAAUUCACACAUGUAGUUAACAUUCAUUCUUCCAGUAUGCAGUUACACAGGUAUCCACCACAUGAUAUUUCAGUCAGCAGUAUUUGUUCCAGUGGUUACAGUGAUGUAUACAUCACAUACAAGCACUAACAUCAAAUCAAAUAAUUUUAUUAUAAUACUGCCUCAUAAAAUUGAUUUAUUCAUAAGAUUUGAAACUGUCGUGGCUGGUAAAAGUUGUCACCUUAAUGGUCAUGUCAAUUAAGGACAUAAAUCCAGAAUUUGGAGACCUGUUGCCUCAUUUUGUCAGGGAGUAAUGAUCUGCUGUCCAAGAUGUUCAGCUUCGGUUCUAAAUUGACAGGGCUGGUAGUCUGAGGAGACUUUGUGACUGAUCCAUACAUGGUUUAAGGACAAAAAAUAUACACUGCUUUUUAUGUUAUGGAUGUCUUGAUCAAACAUGAGUAUCACCGAGCUUUUCAUAGCUUGUGUAGUAUGUAUUGAAAGAGAAUAACUUUUGAGAUUUGUUACAUGUUCUUCCAUUUGAAGCAUAUAACAUACAUUUCUGUUGUAAGUCAGGUAACACAUAAUUUGGAUGAGUGAAAAAGUGUCACCUCUUCAUGGGCCCUCACAGUCUGUGCCCAUGCAGCAUCAUUGACCCAUAGGCAGAGAUGGAAAUGGCUCUUCAGAAUUGGGUAGAUGCUCCAGAUCACUCACAGAGUCCAAGGAAUGACUAAAAUAUGUUAUACAGAAUGUUAUUACAGUGUAUAUCUCCUGUUUCCAGCCCUACCCAUAGGAUAAAAAUUUCUUCACCAUUGUUGGUCCUCAACAAGUCUGUACUUAAAAUUUCUGUUAUAUGGCAGCAGAAGUUUACCAUUUUAAAUUUUAUUAACAGCUGUAUUAUAACUGUGGAAGCACAGCUGUGAAUAGACAACUGAGCAUACAGUGUGUAGUCUCUGUUUGCGUGUAACCAGAAAGUUGUCCUGAAUUUUGUUUGGUAUCUCACAAGAGAUGAAUGAAUGUACAUAAAUAAUAAAAAUAUUACAGAACUUGUG